CUGUCGCCUCUCCAAAAGCAGAGACAGAGGACGAAAAAUAGUGAAAAGCUCCGUUGUUCCGUCGUGAUCUGUUGUGUGUAGCAGUUUUUCCAAUAAAUUGAAUUUAAAUCGAUUAUCAUUCCGUGGCCGCGUUCGACUCCCGUGCGUGUUUAAAGGUGUAAACCACGCAAACAAUGCCAAUGCACCGGAAGUGGCAACUGCUAUUGGGCAUCAGUGCGUUUCCAUAAGGGGGUGACCCAGAUUAUUGUGACCAGCAACCAUCGAAGAUUGUAUAUGGUGUCUCUUUUUUGGAAGCACCAGUGUGAGAUGAAAAAAAUGGAAAUGUUUUGCACAUCACCAUUGCUCGCGUAGUGUAGACGGGGCGAAGGGGAACCCUAAAAUGGUUCGCUGAUUUCGUUUCUGCUGCUGUGAGUGAUAGUUUCCUGCACUGUUGGUUCAGGAUUUUCCAUUUUGAUUAUUGGUCAAGUGUAUGAAAAGACAAGAUUUUCCUUCGUAAAAACAAGAAGAAAAUUCCUCCCCCAAGGAGAAAAAGGGUGAACAAGAUUCUUCACCUGCGGGGAAAAUAGAGCUAGUGGCGUGAAAUGAUGUCGUUCCAGAUGUUUCGUCCAGGAACGCAAAAACACCGUAGGAAACCAGACUGGGCAACUAGCUCCGGAACCUUUCGGAACGGUUGUUUUGUUAGUCUUCUGCUGUUGAGUCACUGCUGUCUGUCACUAGUCUCAGCAGGGGGUGGCAGUUCAGGCUCGCCAAAUGGCGUACCAGCUACAUCGGCUUCAAUGUCCCUGCCACAUCCGCCCGGCAGUGGCAAAUGUUCCGAGCUACGGUGUAUGAACGGAGGAACUUGUCGCAACGGAACCUGCAUAUGUCCGGAUGGCUGGCAGGGUUCCGAAUGUCAGUUCUGCGGUGGCAAAGUUAGGUUAACCGAUCCUUCGGGGAGCAUUCACGAUGGCUUCGGCAACUAUUCGAUCGGUGUGAAGUGCAGUUGGCUGAUCGAUGCCCGCGAUCACAACAGCAUAGCGGAUAAGCUGUCACCGGCAGGAACCAGUAAAGUGAAAACAAUCCGGCUACAUCUGGAAGAGUUUGCGACCGAAUGCGGCUGGGAUCAUCUGUACGUGUACGACGGAGACAGCGUUGAGUCGCCACUGUUGGCCGUAUUCAGUGGAUUGAUGUACCGGAAGAACUUUAGCAUCCGCCGUAUUCCGGAAGUGUUUGCCCACAGUGGAUCGGCACUGUUGCACUUCUUUAGCGACGAUGCCUACAAUAUGUCUGGGUUUAACAUAAGCUACCAAGUGAAUGCGUGCCCAACUGUGGACACGGCUUUGAACUGUUCCGGGCAUGGGGUCUGUGUGUAUGGUGAGUGUAGUUGUGAUGCCGGUUGGAGCGGGCCUGCCUGCAGUGUUUCUCAGUGCCCGAAUAAUUGUUCUUCGCAUCUUGGGAGAGGCGAUUGCAAUCGCAUACAACAACGGUGUAUCUGCGCUAAGGGAUUCGAUGGCAAUGAUUGUUCCCAGGUGAGGUCACACGGUGUGUGGAAUGCUAUCAAUUCGGAGGAAACGGUAAGUUUUGCUCCACCAGGAAGUGCUUCCCAUGGAACGGCAGUUUAUCGGGACACGUUCUAUGUGAUUGCUGGCGAAAGUUACAACAAAGCUGCGUUAAUGUACAUGUACGAUUUUAAUGGUAAAGUAUGGGAAACUCCCCAUAUGGAUUCGAAGGCUACACCGGAACUUCGAUAUGGAGCCUCUACGGUGAUUUACGGGGACAAAAUCUUUAUGUAUGGUGGAGUAGUUGAGGGAAAGGGAGUUAGUGGGGAACUGUGGGCGUUUGAUGUGAGUGCCAAGAAUUGGGAAAACAUUACUGUGAAGGCAGAAAAGUGUAACGAAACCUACGCAAUGUGUGGACCGUUGAAAUCGGCUGGACAUACUGCUACGUUGAUUUCCAACUUCGAAGGCGGUAAGAAGGGAUAUUCGCAAAGAAUGGUAGUUAUUUUCGGACACUCUCCGCAGUUUGGAUACCUGAAUACUGUUCAGGAGUAUAACUUCGGUACUCGCGAAUGGAAAAUUGUCCGUACCAAAGGAUACCCGGUAAAAGGUGGUUAUGGCCACUCAGCUGCUUACGAUCCUCUGAAGGAGCGUAUAUACGUAUAUGGAGGGAUUGUUUCGGAAAGCGACAGCACUCAGCUACUGAGUAAUAAACUUUACAGUUAUGAACCGCACAGUAGAGUUUGGACCUUGGAAGCAGCAGCUCCGACGGCACGGUUUCUUCAUACCGCAAGCUUUAUAACUCCUGGCCUUAUGAUGGUAUUUGGUGGCAACACUCACAACGAUACAUCGCACAGCUUUGGAGCCAAAUGCUACAGUAGGGAUCUGAUGGUGUACGAUAUCCUAUGUGAUUCCUGGCAUAUUCAACAUAUGCCACAAGACUUACGGGCUGACUUAGCCCGUUUUGGUCAUUCGGCAGUUGUGUUUGAUGAUUCACUUUACAUCUACGGUGGUUUUGAUGGACAGAUGAUCAACGAUAUGCUCAAGUUUACUCCUGGAAAUUGCCGGGCGCUCAACCGAUCAGACCUUUGCCUGAAUAGUCGACCAGGUUAUAAAUGUGUUUGGGACAUCCAAAAAAGCAAAUGCGUUCCUAUUUUAGACGUCGACAAAGGUGCUUUGUUCAGCAAAGAUCAAAUCAACUACGAAAUAUGUCCCCAGGAAAGUCGCCUGGUUAUGACCCGACAGGCUUUGUUGGAUUAUGAAUUGUGCAGCCAACUUAACAGCUGCCAAAGUUGCGUGUCAACUUCGUAUGGUUGCAUGUUCUGUGGUAUUGGCAAUGGUAAAGGUUAUUGUGCCAAAGAAAAGUGCCCCGAUGUGUCUUACACAUACAAAGCAGAAUUUUACCCCACCCGAAAAUUGAAGGACUGCCCAGAGAAUGAUGAUCAAAUCUGUUCUCAACUGCAUGGUUGUCAUGCUUGUUCUGCCUAUAAAUUUUGCCACUGGGAUUACGAGCAUAGUAAGUGUUACUAUGUUGGUACCACGGGUGAAAUGGAUGUAUUACCGUGUCCGCCUGCCUGUUCCGCUUUAACGACUUGUGGAAACUGUACUCAGGAGGAGUGUAUUUGGUGCCAGAAUGAGCAGCGUUGUGUCGAUAAAAACGCAUACACUGCCAGCUUUCCGUAUGGACAGUGUCGUGAAUGGACAACAGGCUCCAACAAAUGUCGGGCUGCCAGUUCCGGUCAGAGUCAAUGUGGGUUUUACAAAACCUGCGCUCAAUGCCGAGAUGAUCCAGCAUGUGGUUGGUGUGAUGAUGGAUCAAUGACCGGUUUAGGACGUUGUCUUCCCGGCGGAGAUAGCGGUGCCCAAGAGGAAAUGGAAUGUCCAACUGCUCGAUGGCAUUUCACCCAUUGUCCCAGCUGCCAAUGUAAUGGCCACAGCACAUGCCCGGAUUCGAAAACCUGCAAACAACCUUGCAAAGAUCCGAUGAUUGGACAAAAUUGCGAAAAAUGUAAACCAGGCUACUGGGGCAAUCCGGUCAAUGGAGGCACCUGCCAAAAAUGCGACUGUAACGGUCAGGCUCAAAUUUGUCACAGCGAAACUGGGAAAUGUUUCUGCAGUACUAAAGGAUUAGCUGGAGAUCACUGCGAGAAAUGUGAUGCCACCAACCACUACCACGGCGAUCCUAGUCGGGGAUCUUGCUACUACGAUCUCACCAUAGACUAUCAGUUUACCUUUAACCUGUCGAAAAAAGAGGAUCGCCACUUUACUCAAAUCAAUUUCCGCAAUUCCCCCAUAAAAUCCGACAUCGAUGCGGACUUCAGCAUCACUUGCUCCGUGGCGGCAAAGAUGAACAUCACAAUCCGGACUGCUGGCGGACCGGAAAAGCCCCUUUUUUCCGCCGUUAAUUGUUCCACCUUCCGAUAUAGGUUCUCCAAAGCUGAACAUCAGUUCGGAAUCAACGACAAUGUUACGAUGACCACAUUCUACGUGUACGUGUACGAUUUCCAACCUCCGCUGUGGAUACAGAUAGCUUUCUCCCAGUAUCCCAAGCUGAAUUUGCAGCAAUUUUUCAUCACUUUCUCCACAUGCUUCCUUCUUUUGCUGCUCAUGGCUGCCAUUCUUUGGAAAAUUAAACAGCGCUACGAUAUGUUCCGUCGGCGACAGCGGCUUUUUGUCGAAAUGGAACAAAUGGCAUCCCGACCAUUUUCGCAGGUUCUGGUAGAAAUCGAAAGUAAAGAGUACAAUGAGCUGUCGCCUGCCGUGGAACAUAUAACGACUGCCCCGAGAAAGAGAAAAAAAGAUUCACCAAGUCCUAUCGCUUUAGAGCCAUGUGAGGGCAAUCGAGCGGCGGUUCUUUCGCUUCUAGUCCGGCUGCCGACAGGUGGCCACCUGCAUUCUCCUCCCGGCCAGUCUGCCGGUUUGGCCGUAGCAAGUGCAUUAGUCACCUUAGGGAAUCCCCGACGACCCUCUAUAGAGCAUCCCAAGGAACCGAAAUCGAAGCGGAAGCAAAGCCAACACCCUGAUAGUUGUAUAUAGGAAACUAAUAGCAAGGGGGAUAUGAACGGAAGGAUCUAUUAUAAUACAAACAUUACCUAAACAAAUCAACAUCAAACAGUAACUAUGAAUACUGAUUAAAAAAUACCCAUCUAAUGAACAGAUCUAGGGUAGGAACACGGUUUUCAUGUACUACCCUUGAUGAUCGUGACUGAUGUAAGCCACAAACAUAGGGAAAUACCUCCCGAAUAGUGAAGGAUAUUACUAAAAUGUAACUGUGAAUCGAGAACAACGGAAAACGGCAAGUAUGCUAACUAUUAACUAAUUGUAAAUCGAAUCACGCAGCUGUAAUGGAUGAUCGGAAUUUAAUAUUGUAUGCAGAUACAAUCCAAAAAAAACAACAGACCGAUAGAAUGCGUAACCUCUUUGUUAGAACGUAAGCGGAGCAAACGAAUUGGCAGUUAAACAGCAUUUUUUUAACUUGGUGAGAUCAUCGGAAAACAGUGAUGGUAUGAUUCCUUAUUCGCUACUAUCAUUUCUAAACAUGAAAACUGGGAUUACAAGUGACUAAAUUUUACAUUUUUCCCCUAUAAUUUGAACCACUUGAAGUGUGUAUGUUUGUAAAGUAGAUAAUAGAUAACGUUGAGUUUUCGAAACGAGGUACAAUUGUAAACCUUCUUAUCAUCUAGAUUUUUGAAAUGUUAAGACUUCUACUGGAAAAAGCGAAACAUUGGGAUAGAUCUCUUUUUAUUAUUAUUUUAUUAUGAAAUUUUUUAUAAAAAAAUAAAUUCACAAUUAAUGUGAUCGUGCAUUUUAAAAAUCCCUAUUUUUUCCUUUUCAUUCAUUUUUAUCGUUUUCCCUUGAGAAAUUCGUAAAUUAACAUUCAGUAUACAUUUUUCGACUUUAAUGGAUCUCGGAUAUUCUUUCGUGCUUAACGUAACACGUUUUUUAAACGAAUUUUGUAUGUUAAAUUGAUCAAAUUCAAAAUAAUUCAUACAAAAAUCAGCUUUCAAUCUUUUUUUAAAAUUUUUGUUUUCAAACAGUAUACUCUUUUCUGCAGUUCACCCAACGCUGGUUUUUCGUUCAUUAUUAAUUAUCUCACACUAACUGAACUAUAGAACUUAUGGAAAUAGACUGAAAUACUCAACUAGCAAAUCUAUUUCCUGCUCCAAAUUUCCUCCAUUAAUCGACAAGUUUUGUACUUCCAUUCGUAACUGAUAGCAUCACACUGGAAUAUAUUAAGCCAUUUUACGUUAUAGAAUAUUUGUGUAGCCAUAGACUUAUCGGCUGUUCUAUUAUCUUAAAAUCUAAACCAUAUCGUCUACCGAAGAGUAAAAAAUCAUCAUAGGUUUGGCUCAAAUCUAAACACAACAGACAUCAAAGGUUAAACUUCCCCCAAAUCUUGUAUUUUUCAACAAAUUUGGAUAAUGCUGUUUUGCACUGUUCAAACAAUAAUCCAAAUCUUGUUUUAGUUUUCUACUGAAAUAUGAACAAAUAGUGUUUUUAGAACAUUGCUGCCCAUUUGUUAUUUGUUAUUUAUUUCUCAACGGAUUUAUUUUAUUAUCAACGGAUCACAUGUUGAUCCAAAUGAUAUCUUAAAAUUAAAGUUAAAUACUAAACAUUUCAAUCUAAUUAUGGGGUUCUCAAGGCCCUAAUCACUUUUCUUCGGAAAACAUCCUUUGAAAUGUCGAAGUCAAAAUGCUCCGAAAAACGGUUGAACGAUUUCAUUGCACCGAUGAAAGCGCUGUUAGCUCCGUAAUUGUUCAUUCGAAAGGGAAUGUACAAUUGAAGAUCCUGAUUCCUAAACCCAUGCAAUUGUUUAUUGAGUUAAAGUCAAAACCGGCUAUUUGACUUGGAGAACUAUUUUUGAUAAAAGACUGUACAAAAAUAAUAUUUUUUCUUAAGACCCAUUUACAGUGCUACGAAACUAGGGUUUUUAACAUAGUGGAAUCGAUUGGAAAUGGCUGAAAAAUGAAAAUCGAACUGGUCUCGUUGUUCCUCGCUGCUUCCCAAAUAUGUCUUAAUUCCGAUUCCCCCGCCAUGAUAAAUUUCCACGGUGAAAACCGAAGGAAUUAGAAUAAAAACAGUUCUAGAAGGUUUUAAAGAACGGGUCCGUGUUGGGUUUUUGAGCUAUUGACAAAAUAAGAUUUUUUCACGUUCAUUUUCACAUUUUUUCCCAGGGAUUUUCAUCCAAUUUAAUUUAAUUUAUUUUAUUAGAGGCUUGCUUGGUAGAUUCGCCUCGUGAAAAUGAACUAGUUGGGAUGAAUCAUCCAAUAGGUGAUUCAUCCCAACUAGUUCAUUUUCACGAGAACUGCAAAUUUGCCUUUAUUUGAUAAUUUCAUAUAUUUGAGUACCGGUAACUUACAUCAUUUUUGAACGUAAAUAAUUUACAAGUAUUUACACAAUUUUAACAAUUUGCAUACCAGUUGAAGUUCAAGAAGUUUCACUUCAAAGAGAAGGGUUACCUAAAAGAAGCAGAUUUAAACAUUUACUCGCUAAGAACUAGAAUACAAAUUGAACCAUAGUAAAAAGCUUUUUUUGUCUAAUGAUCAAUAUGAAGUUGGAAAUAUUUUAAAAUCGUUUUGAAAAUCUUAUUUACCUUAAAUCCGGCAGAGUAAAAUUUCACUUUUAAGAAUUUGGAGGUUUUGAAUGAAUGAAUGAAAAUCGUUUCAACUGAUUUUUUAAAACAAACAUUAACUAUUCUUGUAUUUAUUAUAUAUUUUGGUUUCAAAGAAAGACUGAAACUUACCGUACUUCGUUGCUCAAAAAGGCGAUCAUUUCCUUUUAUUUUUUUAAUUUUCUGCUCUUUAAUGGAAUGAUGGAUUUAAUAGAUUUCAAUUUUGCUUGGGGCUAACGAGUAUGAAUGUUUCUUUUUUUUUUGUAAAUUCCGAAGCGCUAACUCAAUUGAAAGUGUCCAUUGCGUCUAUAAAAUUGUCCCUAAUGGAAUCUUUGGCGGAAAGGUAAGCCGUAAAACAAGAAACUAAAAAUCAAAUUAAGCAGAACAAAAUAUUCAAAAAAAUAUAUACAUAUAUUCAAGUUUAAUGACGCCAUUACAUUUAAAAGCAGCCAAUGAACCUUUAUAUUAGAAUCGAUUCAGUUUACAACUUUCCAGAAAGCGUGAGUUCCUUUGAUUGUCAUCUUUCCGGCUUCAUUAAAAGUUAUGUGUUUGAAAAAUCCACGAGAGAAGCUAUGCCUAUGAGUUAAUGGUUGAAGUGUAGAUUUUAUAGUUAGUAUGAGAAAUAUCGGGUAUCCUGACAAUACGUGUGAGGAAGAACCGAAUCAUAAAAAGAAACGAUCUUUAAUUUUUAAACUUGUUUUGUGAGAGCCAGAAGCAAUUUGACGGUUUUUUAAUGGUUGUAUGACUACAAGAAGAAAUUGGAACGUAUAUGUGCAGAGACGAAUAGAAUUUGUAAAAAAAAAUCAAAGCUGAAGUAGAAUAGAAGAAGUAACAACAAUAAAGGAUCUAUAUAGGUAGAAGUAUAACACGAUAUGACGAUAAAAAAAAAGCGGGAGCUAGUGGCUGAAGGCUGACUAAGCAUUAACGACACAGUGAGGAAAUAGUAUUUUAUGGCAUUUGUUGCAAUAAUAAAACAAAAAAUCUUAAA